AUGACGCGAAGCGAUCGUCGUCUUGUUCAGGAUGGUUUCAAUGAGUUGAAGCGUUGUGCAACGCCAAACGGACUGGCACUCUUCGUGAAGCUAUUCUCGGAACAUCCUGAAUAUAAAGACAUUUGGCCUCAAUUCCGUGCCAUUCCCGACAGUUCGUUGCUAUCAUCUGAUGUUUUGAGAAACCAUGCGACCGUUUACAUGAGAGGGCUUCAAGAAAUUGUUAAUUCAAUUGAUGACGAUUCAACAUUACGCCAAAGUACACGUAAGAUCGCGCUCAGUCAUUUGAAGUGGAACAUUCAUAAAAAGCAUAUACAACAUAUGGUGCCGGAACUGCUGGCUGUGCUCUCGCACAUUCGGGAAGGAAACGUCACAGAAGAAGAAAAAGAAGCAUGGCGAAAGCUUUACGAUAUAAUUGGAAACCUUAUUGAUAUUCACAAAAAACGAUAA